AACGCCUUCUCCUUCCUGUUUUACUCUUCAGUUUUCUAACUUCCCUCCUGAGACAGGGCUGAUCGAUUCUAGAACAAAACCAAAAGUGAGAAUGCUAAGGUUGGCACUCUCACUUCCUCCUUGAAUAUAAUACUUGCAGAGGGGCACCCACUGGAAGAGAAGAGGCAGGUGCCCCAGGGACUCUGCCCUGCCACCAGUUCCAGAUCGUCAUGGUCAUGCUUUCUCACGUCCUCCACUGGUCGCAGAAAAUGCCAGGAUGAAGCCUCCCUUGCUCCUGGCUGGAACUCUGAUCAUGGCAUCGUCCCUCUCCUGCCUGAGCCUGGAAAGUCUGAAUCCCUGCAUAGAGGUAGUUCCUAAUAUUACCUACCAAUGCAUGGAUCAGAAUCUCAGCAAAAUCCCUCAUGACAUCCCUUCUUCAGCCAAGAACAUAGAUCUGAGCUUCAAUCCCUUAAAGAUAUUAGGAAGCUAUAGCUUCUCCAGUUUCUCAGAACUUCAGUGGCUGGAUUUAUCCAGGUGUGAAAUUGAGACAAUUGAAGGCAAGGCAUGGCAUGGCUUAUACCAGCUCUCAACCUUGAUAUUGACAGGAAACCCUAUCCAGAGUUUUUCCCCAGGAUGUUUUUCUGGACUAAUGAGUUUAGAGAAUCUGGUGGCUGUGGAGACAAAACUGGCCUCUCUAGAGAGCUUCCCUAUUGGACAGCUUAUAACCUUAAAGAAACUCAAUGUGGCUCACAAUUUCAUACAUUCCUCUAAGUUACCUGAAUAUUUUUCCAAUCUGACAAACCUAGAACAUGUGGAUCUUUCUUAUAACUAUAUUCAAACUAUUUCUGUCAAAGACUUACAGUUUCUACGUGAAAAUCCACAAGUCAAUCUCUCUUUAGACCUGUCUUUGAACCCAAUUGACUUCAUUCAAGCCCAAGCCUUUCAAGGAAUUAGGCUCCAUGAACUGACUCUAAGAAGCAAUUUUAAUAGCUCAAAUGUAAUGAAAACUUGCCUUCAAAACCUGGCUGGUUUACAAGUCCAUCGGUUGAUCUUGGGAGAAUUUAAAAAUGAAAGGAAUCUGGAAAGUUUUAACAGUUCUGUCAUGGAGGGACUGUGUCAUGUGACCAUUGAUGAGUUCAGGUUAACAUAUACAAGUCAUUUUUCAGAUGAUAUUGUUAACUUCAAUUGUUUGGCGAAUAUUUCUGCAAUGUCUCUAGCAGGUGUUUCUAUGAAACACCUAGACAAUGUUCCUAAACAUUUUAAAUGGCAAUCCUUAUCAGUCACUAGAUGUCAACUUAAGCAGUUUCCAAAUCUGGAUUUACCCUUUCUUAAAAACUUGACUUUAACUGCGAACAAAGGCAGUAUCAGUUUUAAAAAAGUGACUCUGCCAAGUCUAGGAUAUCUAGAUCUCAGUAGAAAUGCGCUGAGCUUUAUCGGUUGCUGUUCUUAUUCUGAUUUGGGAACAAACAGCCUCAAGCACUUAGACCUCAGCUUCAACAGUGUCAUCAUUAUGAAUGCCAACUUCAUGGGUCUAGAAGAGCUGGAAUACCUGGAUUUUCAGCAUUCCACUUUAAAAAAGAUUACAGAAUUCUCACCAUUCUUAUCCCUUGAAAAACUCCUUUACCUUGACAUCUCUUAUACUAACAUCAAAAUUGACUUCGAUGGCAUAUUUCUUGGCUUGACCAGUCUCAACACCUUAAAGAUGGCUGGCAAUUCUUUCAAAGACAACACCCUUUCAAAUGUCUUUACAAACACAACAAACUUGACAUCCCUUGAUCUUUCUAAAUGCCAGUUGGAACAGAUAUCUUGGGGAGUAUUUGACACACUCCAUAGACUUCAGUUAUUAAAUAUGAGUCACAACAACCUAGUGUUUUUGGAUCUAUCUCAUUAUAAACAGCUGUAUUCCCUCAGAACUCUUGAUUGCAGUUUCAAUCGCAUAGAAACAUCCAAUGGAAUACUGCAACAUUUUCCAAAGAGUCUAGCUUUCUUCAAUCUUAGUAAUAAUUCUGUUGCUUGUAUAUGUGAACAUCAGAACUUCCUGCAGUGGGUCAAGGACCAGAAGCUGUUCUUGGUGAAUGUUGAACAAAUGACAUGUGCAACACCUGUAGAGAUGAACACCUCUCUAGUGUUGGAUUUUAAGAAUUCCACCUGUUAUAUGUACAAGACUGUCAUCAGUGCAUCCGUGGUCAGUGUGCUUUUAGUAUCUACUGUAGCAUUUCUAAUAUACCAUUUCUAUUUUCACCUGAUACUUAUUGCUGGCUGUAAAAGGUACAGCAGAGGAGAAAGCAUCUAUGAUGCAUUUGUGAUCUACUCAAGUCAGAAUGAAGACUGGGUGAGAAAUGAGCUGGUAAAGAACUUAGAAGAAGGAGUGCCCCGCUUUCGCCUUUGCCUUCACUACAGAGAUUUUAUUCCUGGUGUAGCCAUUGCUGCCAACAUCAUCCAGGAAGGCUUCCACAAGAGCCGGAAAGUCAUCGUGGUGGUGUCUAGACACUUCAUCCAGAGCCGAUGGUGUAUCUUUGAAUACGAGAUUGCUCAGACAUGGCAGUUUCUGAGUAGCCGCUCGGGCAUCAUCUUCAUCGUCCUUGAGAAGGUAGAGAAGUCCCUGCUGAGGCAGCAGGUGGAAUUGUAUCGCCUUCUUAGCCGAAACACCUACCUGGAGUGGGAGGACAAUCCUCUGGGGAGACACAUCUUCUGGAGAAGACUUAAAAAAGCCCUGUUGGAUGGAAAAGGCUUGAAUCCCGAGGGAACAGCAGAGGAAGAGCAAGAAGCAGCAACUUGGAAUUGAGGGAAACAAAACUUUGGGACCAAAAUCCAUUCUGUUUACAUUGACUAAAUACUACAGCUCACCUGGGGUUCUGCUACGGACAGGGAUCCCAUGGAGCACAAUGCUGCUGACCUCAUGGACCUUACAGGAUGGACGGAAGUAGCACUGUGAUGAAGCUCCUUACUUUCAAGGUAUAUGAAUUAACUAACUCAGGCAAAGAAUCAUAAUCAAGAUAGUUUAUCUUUCUUAUUAAACUGAAGAGACUAAGACCCAGGGAGAACAGAACGGAGCAUCAUUAUUCCCUGGACUUUUUGAAUAUAAGCCAUGACAUGUACUGUGUUUCAGUUAACCUAGAAGAGUUUUGAUAGUUUAAACUGUAUAGAAUAUGUGCUUACUUUCUCUUUUUUCUACUGAAUGCAAUUUAAAUGGUUCCUUUUGAGAGGCCCUCAUUCCAAUUUAAUCUUCCAUUAUAUGUCAUUUUCUUUUUUUAUCUAAUUCUACAAGAAAUAUGAUUGAUACAUGUUCACAGAUAUCCUUAGACUGCUAUAUUUAUUAAAUAAAAAUUCCUAGUAUACUUUUAUUUUUAUAAAUUCAGUUAUCAUUUUUCAUGACUUGACUAUAAACUCAUAUCAUAAAUAAGGUUGUUAGAGGUAUGCUGAGAAUGCCCAUAUUUAACUACAAAUUUUCAAGAAAGUGUGUAAAAUAUACUCUGUCACUUUGUCACUGGAUGUCAUUCUUAAGUUAUUACCUACUAAAUUAUGGAUGUCACAGAGUCAGUGUUAAAAAUAAUUUUGUCGGUAGAAAUAUUUUUAAUCGGGAGAGAAAAGUGGAGAGGAGUACAGGAACAGAAAUCAAAACUUCGCCAUUUAUUCUUGAUUAGUUCAGAACCAUAGAAGCUCACAGAGCUGAAUGGCAAGACUACAUAUUGAUGUUCCUUCUCAGCAAGGAUACUCUCUGAAGGACUUGUAGAACCUUUCAGGGGGCAGGAAAGUUUAACAUCUUUUCCCUUCAUCAUUCCCAUUACUGGACAUCCUUUGUGAGAUGUUUGAAUGUUGGAAGUAAACAUUUCUGCUUUCAUCUUAAUCCAGUCAGCAUGAACACUGAAUAUGUACUGGCAUGUGCACAGAGUGUGUGUGUGUGUGUGUGUGUGUGUGUGUUUUGUGUAAGUGUGUUUACCUGUAUGUGUGUUUAACGAUAAAGAGAAAAAAGAGCACAAAGCAGUUUUAUAUUUCUGAUGGGGCAUUAAAUAGUUGAGACAAAUCAGAAAAGUAUGGAGGUUUCUUGAUAAAGAAAACAAAAAUAGAACUAUUACAAGAUCUAACAAUAAAAAUUUUGAAAUAAAUAAAUAAAUCAGAUUUCCCUGUCUAUUAUGACAGUAUUUAUAAUAUUCCAAUUAUGGAAACAACCCUAAUGUUCAUUGGCAGGUUAAUACAUACAGAUAGUAUGCUAUAUACUUGCAGUGGAAUGUGAUUUGACCUUGGAAAAGAACACAAACUUGCAAUUUGUGACCAGAUAGAUAAAGGUGGAGUUCUUUUAUUGUACGUUAAAUAUGCCAGGCACAGAAGCAACUGGCGUUUCAGGAACUUUUGAUGAUGUGAGCAAAGAUGGAAAGAAAUAAUAUGCUGAACAAUAGAAGAAGACAAAAGAAAGCCAGCCCUAUUAUGUAUUCUUCACAACUAUCUUAAACAAUAUGCUUGAGAGAGAAUAGAGUUAUUAGUAUUAAUUAGGAUGCCUGCAAUUUUUGUAAUUCCAUUCAAAUUGGAACAUAGCCACCUAAUUAUUUGUCUCUUGUUAAUCUAGUGAAAAAGCAGAUCAAGAAUCUCUCCAUUUUUUAUGAUAUAAACCCAAAUUCUUUUUUUAAUUUUUAAUUUUUUUUAUUUUCUAUAUUCUUUGUUUACAUUGUAAAUGAUUUCCCCUUUCCUAGUUUCCCCCUCCCCAUAAGUCCCAUAAUCCCUCUUCCCUCCACUUAUUCCCCAGUCAACUCCCUCCCACUUGUCUGUCCUGGUAAUCCCCUACAAUGCUGCAUCAAGAGGCAGCAUUCCUCUCCUUCCUUCUUCUUGGAAAUGAUUUGAUAUGUGAAUUGUGUCUUGGAUAUUCAGAGCUUCUGGGCUAAUAUCCAUUUAUCGGUGACUGCAUUCUGUGUGUGUUCUUUUGUGAAUGAGUUACCUCACUUAGGAUGAUAUUUUCCAGUUCCAAAUAUUUGCCUAAGAAUUUCAUGAAUUCAUUGGUUUUAAUUGCUGAGUAGUAUUCCAUUGUAUACCACAUUUUCUGUAUCCAUUCCUCCAUUGAGGGACAUCUAGGUUCUUUCCAGCUUUUGGCUAUUAUAAAUAAGGCUGCUGUGAACAUACUGGAGCAUGUGUCCUUAUUGCAUGCCAGGGACUCAUCUGGGUAUUUUCCCAGGAGUGAUAUAGCAGGGUCCUCCAGAAGUGUCGCGGCCCGUUUUCUAUGCCAGACUGAUUUCCAGAGUGGUUGUACCACGUUGCAAUCCCACCAGCAGUGGAGAAGUCUUCCUCUUUCUCCACAUCCUCGCCAACACCUGCUCUCUCCUGAGUUAUUAAUCUUAGCCAUUCUGACUGCUGUGAGGUAAAAAUCUCAGGAAAACCGAAAUUCUAUUGCAAUAAAUGUCAUGCCAAUCAGCCAAAUAGCACACAAGAGACAAGAUGACAGCCUGUGCCUUUUCCCUCUCAGAGAAAAACCUGAGCAUGUUAGCCCAUUGCUUCAUGCUCUAAGCUAGAAAAACAAGAAGUGAAACUGCCGCAGUUCUCUAUGUGGUUAGUGCCAGUUAGGGUUUUUCAACUUAAACCAUGAAUCAUUAAGCAAAUACAUAUGCAUGCAUGCAUUAUGCACAGAGUGGUUUAUUUAUAACAACUCUUUCCAUAAAGGGCUUGGGAGCUUUCAAAAAAAUAUAUUGGAGCAAUGAGUUUAAUCAAAAGAAAGAAAUAUAGACAGAAGAAAUGGAAGAAAGAAAUGAAAAGUUUUAGCUGUGUAUUCCAGGUUUCAUUCUAAAAUUCUUCUGGAAUUUUAGAUAGUUUGACUACUGGAGAAUUCCUAAACUCAUUUUCAAAUUAUAUCACGUGUGUGACUUGGGCUUCAUCUGUCUGAGUGCUAGUCACCUUAAGAAUAAAAUAAAGAUCAUGUAUUUACUUUUAGUCCAUUAAAAACUAAUAAAGUUAAAAGGGUGGCACUGUCGAGGAGUUUCCCUCUUGGCUUCCUUAUGGGUAGUCAGAGAGAAACACUAAAUUGCCUUCUCAAUGUAUACGUUUUGGUCACAUUUGUUUUCCCAGUCUGUUGGACAAUGACAGUCCCUAUGACUAAAGUAGAUAGUUUCUAUUUGACUUAGCUUCUAUUCCUAUGUGUUGACCAAGCUUCCUCUUUGACUCUAUAGCCUUUUGAGAAAUCACUAGAAAUCAAGUGAGGGGGCAGUUGGGAGGCUGGGGGUCAUAUCUUAACCAUCACAUUUGUUUCCCUGGUGUUGAGCAUCAUGCCUAACAAAGUCAACAGACAAUGCCUGUUUACUGAAGAACAGUUGCAUAAUUUAUGCAUGUUUUCUUGGUGAGCUGUUGUCUUCCAUUCUUACCAGUUAAGAAUGUUAAGUCCUAAGAAUCAGAUCUUAGCUGUCAACUUAGUUUUCACAGCUGUGACACUCACUCUCUGUCAAUUUUAUGGAUGUUUUAAAUUCCUUCUUCACUUGGUUGCUUGACCCCAUGUAUUCUAAAAUUUUGUGGAAUGUGUAUAUUGGGGGGGCAGUUCUAACAAUAGCUUUCUCUAGUGGAUACUGUAAAACCUUAUUCAGCUAAUUUUUUGUAUGAUCUUUGAUUAAAUUCUGCCUGCUAUCCAA